UACAUUAAAAUACACUCUACGUGUUUGAUUUUGGUGAGUACGUGAGAAAGUUUGUGAGUACUUCCUGAAAUUCUGAAAGUUCUCUGUAUUAUUGCUUAUUGCAAAUACUCUGACUCUACCACGGAAAGGAGUGAAAGAGAUAGAGAUUGAAAGACAGAGAAAAAUCGUAGUGAAAGAGGAAAAGAGAGAGGAAGAUUAUGAACGCUGCGAGUGGCUACACUAUAUUACAAGAAAAUUUACUUAAAUAUUUAUCGUGUUCCUAGAAUUGUUGUCAUUAAGAAUACGAUAAAGUUAAGGUGAAAAUCGAUAAAUUCAUAGAUAUUUUUAUUUUGAUUGUGAUGGCGAGAGGUUGGCGUCAAGAAUGCGGUAACAGGAGUGGGAGAUUGUAGUAAAAACAAUGCUGGAUCGCUAAGCAAUUCUACGUUGUUACAAAACAGGAGUACUAUAAAAAAAAGUCAUAGCUAUAACUUACAUAUUACAGUAUUUUUAACAUGGAUGAUGAAGAAGGAUCAUCAAGUUCUGGACCUAUGUCUUCAUUGAACAGUUUAUUUUCAUUUACUAGUCCUGCUGUGAAAAAGCUGCUUGGUUGGAAACAGGGUGAUGAAGAAGAAAAAUGGGCAGAAAAAGCAGUUGACUCUUUAGUUAAAAAAUUAAAAAAAAGGAAAGGUGCAAUAGAAGAAUUAGAACGCGCUUUAAGUUGCCCAGGCACACCUAGUAAAUGUGUAACAAUUCCAAGAAGUUUAGAUGGCAGAUUGCAAGUAUCACAUCGCAAAGGUUUACCACAUGUAAUUUAUUGUAGAGUAUGGAGGUGGCCAGAUUUGCAAUCACAUCAUGAAUUGAAACCAUUAGAAUUAUGUCAGUACCCCUUCUCUGCAAAACAAAAAGAAGUUUGCAUUAAUCCUUACCAUUAUAAAAGAGUGGAAAGUCCAGUAUUACCACCAGUACUGGUUCCUAGACAAUCAGAAUAUGCACCUGGACAUUCAUUGUUACCAUUUCAACAAAUAGCAGAACCAACAAUGCCACACAAUGUAUCCUACUCUUCCAGUGGAUUUAAUGCUGGAUCUACUGGUGGUGUAAAUCCAACAUCACCUAUGUCUUCUGUUGGGUCUGUUCCUAGUCCAGGAAGUACAACAUCACCAAAUCCACAAAGUCCAUAUGGUACCAAUGGGUUACCAGAAACUCCUCCACCAGCAUAUUCUCCACCUGAAGAUGGUUCACAACCUGGACAAUCACCACCACCUGAUCCAGUAGCAAUGGAUACAAGUGGAUCAGCUGAAGUAGCUCCAGUAUGUUAUCAGGAACCACCUUAUUGGGCCUCCAUUGCAUAUUAUGAAUUAAAUUGCAGAGUGGGUGAAGUUUUUCAUUGUCAUUCUCACUCUGUUAUUGUGGAUGGCUUUACAAAUCCAAGCAACAAUUCUGAUCGUUUUUGUCUUGGACAGCUGUCCAAUGUAAAUCGUAAUUCUACUAUUGAAAAUACAAGAAGACAUAUAGGCAAAGGAGUACAUCUAUAUUAUGUAGGUGGUGAAGUUUAUGCAGAAUGUCUUUCUGAUUCUGCUAUAUUUGUGCAAUCUAGAAAUUGUAAUCAUCAUCAUGGAUUUCAUCCUAGUACAGUUUGUAAGAUUCCACCAGGAUGUUCAUUAAAAAUAUUUAAUAAUCAGGAAUUUGCACAACUACUUUCACAAAGUGUUAAUCAUGGUUUUGAAGCAGUCUAUGAAUUAACAAAGAUGUGUACUAUAAGAAUGUCAUUUGUUAAAGGAUGGGGUGCUGAGUAUCAUCGACAAGAUGUUACAUCCACUCCCUGUUGGAUUGAAGCACACUUACAUGGACCUUUACAGUGGUUGGAUAAAGUGUUAACACAAAUGGGUUCUCCUCAUAAUGCUAUAAGUUCUGUAUCAUAAUUUGUGCUUCAUGUUUAAUAGCGAGGAGAAAAAAAUAGUGAAAUGUAGGAAAAACCUGAUGAUUCAAGAGCAGUUUUUAAUAUUACAUAGUGCGAUAAUAGUAUAGGUAUAA